AUGGGAUUGACGGAGGCGCCCUCUUCGCCCGCAUUCCCCUCCCUCGACCCGAUUAUUGUCGACGACGAGAUGCAGUCCACCUUCCACGACGCCGACAUGGACUUCCUCGACCCGGCCAAAUUGGAGAUGUCCGCUGGGAACGCCGGGGGAGACUUUGACGACCUCUUCGCGGGAAUUCCUAAUUCUCACACAAAUGGCACCGCGGAGUCAUCCAAGGCCUACCAAGAUCAAAAUCCCUUGAGGAAGCCACCCCUCCUCUCCGCCGAUUCACCUGCCGAAUCUCCCGAGGAUUCCAGCCGGAGCUCGUCGUCAGAAUCGCCACGGAACCAUCUUCGACAAGCCUCGGUCGCUUCGACCAACUCCGUCGCUCAUAGUGACAACCCGCUCGCCUCGAAUGGGUUUCCACCGGAGGACUGGAUGCACCCGGAACUAUCGUCGGUCAAGGAGGAGCCGUUAUUCGGUGAGGACUCGUCCUUCCCGGCCGGUUUCUCAGCAGAUCUGGAAUUUAGCAACAAGGCGAUGGACGCGGCCUUUGAUUUUGAGAGCGCGGCGAGCAGCCCUAGUCCGUUGAAGAUAGAGAAUGCGCCACAGCCAAAGGGUCAGAAAAGACCCAAAUCACAGGUUUGGAGUCCGAAUUCUUCAGCAGCACAGCCAUCAGCGGAAGCUGCGGCGGCAUCCUCGGUGGGUCACCUCGUCUCUUUGAGUUUCAGCUGGUCUAAUUACAAUUCUUUCCCUCAGAUCCCCACGGCGAUGUCUCCCUUUUACCCCUUUGGAUACAAGGAACAAUCUCCCUUUUCAAACGGAAUGCCCAACGAUGCCCCGCAAUGGGAUGGGCAGUCCCCUUCUUCGCUUUUGGAGGAAAGUUUCGGGGGCAUUAACAUGAAUGGCCAAACCUCUCUCAAUCCCUCCGUAUCUCCCAACAUGAAUUUUGGUUCGCCUCCGUCAUUUCCCUUCCCGGCUACCUUCGCCCCCUUGCCGGCCCAAGUCCCGACGAACGCCUCCAACUCGGUGCAACCCGUCCUCACAGUCCAUCCGACAUCCCUCAAAUCGCGAGUCGAGACCCAGAUUCCGAUUCGUCUCACUCUUUCCCCAUUGCCAGCUGGUGUGAAGAAACUGCGCCUUCCCACGCACACCAUAUCCAAACUCAAAUUCCUUGCUCCCCCCACCGAAACCAGCGCAGACACUCUUCAGUUAACUACCAGCCUUGUGUGUACCAGCGCCAUGCAAGACCGCGAUAACUUAAAACGGGCAUUUGCACGGACAAGAGGCGAACGCCGGCGACCUUCGGCAGAGGAGGAUCGAACGGUGGACGGUGGUGACGUGAAGAUCUGUCCCGGAUGCAUACAGCGGGAGCGGAAACGCGCCUCUCGGAAGAAGCAACGGAAACCCGAGGAAGAUGAGUUGUUCCAGAAGAACGAAGAUAAGAGAGUCAUUGUGUUCAACACCAACGAGAUCAAGGAGUGGAUCGAGCCUUCCAAGAAUGCGACUGCUGGCUAUGGAGAGAUGGCGCCGCCAGGAUCGAUGCAGGUGGAGCUCCCAAUGCGAAUUGCGUGCUAUUGCCGGCAUCAAAAUGAGAAGCUUGGAUUCCAGGUUAUUUUCACUCUCAAAGAUCACAUGGGAAACGUGGUCGCUCAGGCAAUCACCAACUCCAUCAUGAUCACGGACGAUCACAAGACACAGGCUCCCGCUGCUCCUCAACCAACGGGCCCUUCACCCUCUUUGCCGGAUGGGACACAGGUACCCGGUGUCGGGGUCUUCCCAUCAGGACCUCAGUCACCGACUGACCUGCAGGGGCUUCAGCAACGAUUCAAUUCACAGUAUCAGCUCACCCCCAGCUCGUUUGCUCCAGGACAAAGCCCAGGAAACGGCGGAUCCUCGAGUUCACAGACUCCACGAAACCUUUCUCGACAGGCAUCCCCAACCGAAUCCACGGGUCCCCAGAGCAAACGACGCAAGCAUAGUAGCUCUGGGAGACUACCAUCGGAAUUGACUAUGACACGGCUUGAGACACCUCAGUCAUCGUCAUCAGCUGCUGCACAGUUUACUGCGAGUCGUGGAUACGCUUCACCUACCGAGCGACCCUUCGUGACACCUUCCUCCAUGUCCGGUCAAUACGGGAACGGCCCGCCUACUCCGAACCAGAGCAAUGACAACAACCCAUUCUUUAACCCAACGCCUGCCCAACGACAGAGUUUGGAUAGCCUGGCUCAGCAACCAAUGGUGUCAGCGCCGAACUCGGCUCACCCCAGCCGUCCUGGAACGCCUGCCAGUUCAGCUCGGAACAGUUUCCAAGACCAGAACCUUGCUCUUGCGCUUGGUGCCAAUUCCUCCAACCAGGCCUGGCCGCCUCUCAACAAUGCUGCUAACCGGUUACCUUCGGUGAUCCACAAACUGGUGCCCGCCGAAGGCUCAAUAACCGGUGGGACGGAGGUCACGUUGCUGGGUAGUGGGUUCUAUCCUGGCAUGGAGGUUGUCUUCGGUGACACUCUCGCCACAACCACCACGUUCUGGGGUGACAAGUGCCUCAACUGCUUAACCCCUCCUGCGCUUCAGCCGGGGUGCGUCGCUGUUGUUUUCAAGCACGAGCAUCCGACUUUUGGACAGGUCCAGCAAUCUCAACCUCUCAUGCCAAAGCAGCAGCUGUUCUUCCGAUAUGUGGAUGAUCGUGAACUUCAAAUGUAUCGUCUCGCACUGAACAUCCUCGGGCAGAAGUUGGGCAGCCAAGCAGAUGCGUUCCAAACUGCUCAACAAAUCAUGGGAAGCGAUCCCAAUGCCUUCUUCAAUAUGCAGAAGGAUAUGCAAAACGGCGGCUCUGGUGGAGGCAACCAACGGCAAGUCCCGGGACUGGAAUCUCAGGGCAAGCUGAGCGACCUGGACUCCAAGAUGCUCACCUAUCUCGAGUUUAUCGAUUUGGAUGACAGCCCACGUCCGCCACGGUACAAUGCUCGUGGCGCAACUGGCCAGAGUCUCCUUCACUUCGCAGCUUCACUGGGUCUCACCCGUUUCGUUGCCGGGCUCUUGGCCCGAGGUGCCAACCCCGAUGUGCAAGACAAUACGGGCAACUCGCCAAUGCACCUGGCGGCUCUUAAUGGCCAUGCACACAUUGUUCACCGCUUGCGUCUCGCGGGUGCCAAUGCCAAUUCCCGCAGUAUUCGGGGCUUCACUCCUGCGGACCUAGCGACAUCUCUGCCAGCCCACCAGGCGGCCUUGCUUCCAUCUCGCCAUUACCGAUCUCGCAGUGUUGGAUCCCUCACCUCGCGCCGACGACACAGCAGCUCGGCAUCCCUUAACUCUCUCUGGGAAUCCACCUCGGCAUCCGGCUCUCUUGGCCAUGCCGUGGAUGAUUCAGAGGAGCUGGAUGACGAUACCGAUGAAGUCAGCGACGACUCCGAGCCCAACGGGCUUUACUUCAGCGCAUCACGGCGCUCGAGCAUGCAUCAUCCGGAGGUUAUGCCACCUAUUGUGGGUGCCAAUGAACAGCCUGCGGUUCCGGGAGACGCUCGUGGUUUCUCUCCACCAGCGGCUCUUAUCGCAUGGCGUAACCAGCUGGCUGGCCAGAUCAAUCACUUCCAGCAGAGCGUGUCCAACGCUUUCCCCAAUCUUCCUAACCUGCCUGCGCUGCCACCAAUGCCCGCCAUGCCCGCCAUGCCGGAUUAUCAGGCAAACCAGAUGAUGCGCCGCAUCACCAAUCUUGUUCCUCACCGGCCUGCCGCCCGGGAUGGCUGGUGGGAUUAUCUAAAGGGCAACACCUCGCCGAGCGGUACCCUGCCACCGUCUUACGAUGAGCUGUAUCCCCACCAGGAGGACAAGGAGGAUGAGGCGGUCGAGAUGAAGAAGUCUACUCUUCUACGCGCGGCCACUGAGGCCGCAUUGGAUCAGCACUUUGAAUCUCAAAGCAGUGCCGCGGGAGCUUCCGCAUCGACAGCCAUCGCCACACAGGUCCGAGCAGAGAUGGAUGAUCUCAAGGACAUCACUAUCGGACGGAAGGUAAUUUCACGCGAGCAGCAGAAGCAUCUCCGCGCACAACAGGCCCGCCGAAUGAAGGGCCUGGCUAGCGACCGGAAUCUGUACUUCAUUUGGAUUCCACUAUUGCUUCUGGUUCUUUGUGCUUGGGGUCGGAACUAUCUACCUGGGAUCUGGCAAGGCGUCUCGGACGGCUUCGGGUUCGUGAUGACUCGGUACACACAGCGGGCUGUGGGCGUUGGCAUUUAG